CCAAUGUCUAUAUUUAUAUAGACAUUUAUAAAAGGCUGUCACCCAACAAGGACACUCCUCCAGAGAGAGAGAGCGUAUGUUUGAAAGAGCCACCCGGAUAACACAUGAAGAACUGCUGCAGUACAGAAGAAAACCCCCCACAAAUCGCACACCACUGGUUAUGACAUAUCACCCCUCCCUCCAACCCGUACAGAAAAUCCUCAAACAAUUGCAAGCCAUACUAGAAAGAGACCCUAUUCUUAAAAAGAUCUUCCCAGAGCCACCCAUCCUAGCCUUCAAACAAGCACCGAACCUCACUAACCUCAUCACCAGAAGCAAACUUCCUCAAGCCCAGAACACACCUAAAGGAUCCAGACCAUGCCAUGACAAGAAAUGCAAAACUUGCCAACACAUCUCUACCACCCCUACAAUUACUACACCCCACAAAAGAGUCAUCAGCAUUCCUAGAUCUUAUAGCUGCACCUCCAGAAAUGUAAUAUAUCUCAUCCAACGCACCAAAUGCCCUGAUGGAAAAUAUGUAGGAGAGACCAAACAACAACUGUGCACCAGAAUGAAUGCACACCGGAAAUCUAUCAAAGACAGGAAUACCCAGUUACCUGUGGGGGCACAUUUCUCACAAGAAAACCACUCUCUUUCCAAUCUCUCAGUCCUGAUCCUCAAAGGAAACUUACAAAACACUUCCCAGAGACGAGCCUAUGAACUCCACUUCAUCAACCUCCUGGAUACUAAAAAUCAUGGACAAAAUAUAGACAUCGGAUUUAUGACACAUUAUAACCAUUAUUACAUUUUGGCCACUUACAUUGAGAGAAGUGGAUAGGAUGCUGCCAUGAGAUUAAGAGGACCCUAGGCUUCAUUCCUGGUUCUGCCAUAGUCUUUCUGGAUUUCCAUAAUGUACCCCAUGCCUCAGUUCCACAUUAGAAUGGAAAUAGCAUUUCACCAAGUGUCUUUGAAGCAGAGAAGAUGAAACCAUUAGGGAUGGUGAGUCAGUGUAGAUGCUAGGGGGAUGAGAGAGAGAAAGCACUCACACGCAUAUACAAGCAAGAUUGCAACUGUUUCAACAAUCUUUCUCCUGUUGCUCAGCUUUAUUUGGGAAGGACAGAUGUAUUUUCCAAUAAGCACACAUUUUUCAAGUUUUUUAUAUAUAUUCCCAUACAUAUCUGAGGCUGCUUACAGACAUUUAAAAACAAAACAAAAAAGCAUGCUUUACUGGAAGAAGCAGCACAUUAAUUUGACCCAGUUCCACAGCGUCUGUAUAGAUCAAGCACUUCAGCAGGGCUUUUUGGUGCUUUUAUUUAAAGCUGAUUUAAUCAUCUAUUAGAUAAAAGCACUAAGAAAGCCCCAUUAAAACACCAGCUCUAUACAGAAGUUGGGUGAACCCUGUCCAACUGGUGCCUUUUCUGACUGUGUGCUAGGCUCAGUGUGGGAAUGCACCUCAUUUAAAGUAGAACGCUGUUUUUGGGCAGGGAAGGAGCUGUUUAAUGUCUGCAAGCAGCCUAAAUGUCUUGACAUUAUCAGUAUUUGUUAUAAAAGUUGUUUCAUUUGCAGACAUUAAAUAGCUGGUCAAGGCGGACUCCUUCCUCUGCUGCUACUCUAGUUGUGAAAUUCAGCUAAAAUUCACUUUUUUUCUUUUUUCUUUUCUUUUUUUUGGUAGUGUUUAGCACUAAAAAGAAUAAAAGAAAAGAAAUGGAAAAUAUCACUAAUUUCUGUGAGUUAUUAUUUCAAGGACAUCUUUCCCUUUUGGAAGCUAAGUACUUUCCAUGCCUCUAAUUCCCAUAAAGGGAGAGUAGGGGAUAGCUAUGAUAGGAAAGUCGAUAACUUGCUAGGCAUUGAUGAGGCUGUGUUUCUGGGUGGGUGGCUAGGAAAGUACAGAGAGCAUCUGCUCUUCAUGUUUAACUAGGCUCAGGGUUGAAUCCUCUGGAAUUUUCUAAUCCCUGUGCUCCUUCCAGGAAGUUGUCACUCCCACACCACUGAAGGGAUGAUGUGGAGGAAAUAUGCAUGGCAGAACCUUGAAGCCUUCACUGAGUCAAAUUUCCUCCCAGUAAAGCAUCCCGUUGUUUGUAUCUUUGUUCUGUCCUUGCUCAGUUUCCUAUCUGUAGCAGCCACACCUCUGCUUUAUAGCACCAGCACUGCUGACUGUCAAUUCUUCUGAGUACAAAGUUUAUAGAAUAAGGAAUUUGACCUCCCUGCAUGAAGGAAGGCGCAGACAUUCCAGCACUGGCACUGGCUAGAAUAUGUAUUAAAAUAGUACAGGGGAGUGUCUGUCUUGUACAUUUUUGAAAUAAUAAGGAUCAGAAAUCCAGUGUAUGUGCUUGUGUUCUAUUCAGGUAAAUGCUGCACAGAAACAUACAGGCAAAGGUAUCACCUUUGUAUUUAAGACAGAAAAAGACACAAGUUAAAUUCAGUGGAAGAGAAAUGACAGGAAAAUCAUACAGGUCACCAUCAUUGGUAAGAGUCAUUAUAAAUCUUUUGGCUAGUCUGUAAGUCUGCUCACAACUGGAUGCUCAGAAGUUAGGAAUGAUUUAGGGUUUCCUAGGUCAUUCCAUGAGGCUAAUGGAAGAGAAGCAGACUACAUCAAAGGAAAAAAAAAAUUGUCAGAAAGAAUGAAACUGAGAACCCACUGGCUGAUUCCUCCCCACCCGAUGGUCUUAUUUCAUCAGCUGCAUGCACAGAGGGAUGAGGACCAAAAGGCCAAUGAAAGCAUAACAAAUUACCUGGCUGAGCUCUCACCUUGCAGAAUUUUGUGAGUUCGGUGAUCUCCUGGGUGGCCUGCUUCAUGACUGUCUUAUCUGUGGGGUUCAAGAUGAAACAAUCCAAUGUCACCUGCUCUCUAACCAAAUUUGACUUUGGCUACUGCACAAGAAAAAGCCUUGGCAGCUGAAGCAGCAUCCUGUAACAUGAGAGAAAUUCGCUAAGUGUCCUCCAUCAACGUUCACAUACUCCAAAAAGGUCAAGAAUGAGAUCAUCACCAGAAAAUUCAGCAGAUUAUACCCUCACCAACAGCACCACGUAAGCCAAUUAAUCUACAGACGUGUUUGAGUUGUGGUGGCCAACAUAGACGAAGGGAGUGCAGGUUUAGGAAUGCAGAAUGUCAUGCCUGCAAGAAGAAAGGCCACAUAGAGAGGAUUUGCCACUCAAAGGCCAAUUAUGGAGACAAAAAGACUGGCAAAUGUAUUCAUUCCUAAACCACUCAGAGGUUAGAGUCCUCCCCACAACGUGAGGUACAAAAACUAUAUUUGUUUAAAAAUGUUGGUGUUGUUGGACUUCAAGGUUCUGAGAUGAUUGCAACUGUAGUAAUAAAUGGACAGAAGUGCAAAGUGGAAGUGGACUCUGGUUCAGGAAUAUCCAUCAUAGAUGAAAACACCUUCUUCCAGUUGUUUCAGCACCCUCUCCCCAAGUUAUUGAAACCUGAGUGUCGCCUGCAUGAUUACAAUAGACAGAUUGUGGAAACUUUGGGCAGCUGCAGUGUAGAUGUCCAGUAUGAAUCUGUUAGACAGCAUCUACCCCUCAUUGUCACUAAGGGUUUCCUCAAAAGCCUUCUGGGAAGAAAUUGGUUCUCACUAGGGGUGUGCAAAGUGGGCUGUAUUUGAUUCGGAUUCAGAUUCAGCCUGAUUCAGGGUGUUACACAAAUUGCCAAUUGCUCAAAUCAUGAGCGAGACUUUAUAAAGGGGGAUAAGGCAAGGUGCUGCAUUUAUUGAUUACAUAUGCUAGACACAGAGGUUUGGGCACACCAUUCAUACAAACAGACAUAAAUCAUCAUACACAUCAUUACACACAGGUAUACACAUACACAAAACAACCAUUUUAUCCACACAUACACCAGAUAUAGUUACUAGCAAUAGUUGCUCAAUAUCAGCCCAGGGUGGCCAACCCAGACUUAUUGAGUAGAUGAUGAUAAUUUGAAGAUAGCAGAUUUAAAGAUAACAGCUGGAGCGGGGUGAACAGAUGCAUCUGUGCUCCGAUGAAACAGCAGUACAGAAAGAGAUUCACCCAACUUGGCAUUUUCAAAGUGUUCUUUUAUAAGGAUUGGCAUCCUUUGUUUCAGUGCUUUGGGGUUUUUCCAUACCCAGCUUCUGUUUUUGCGGUUGCUCUACUUCUGUCUUCAGCUUAUCUUAGCUUUGGAGUGUUUUUGCUGCCUGUCUGGCAGGAUGGGUGCAUUUCUUCUCCUUGUUAUCUUCUUUGUACCCUCCAGCUUCAAAGGGAUUCUUCAGCCAUUUGUUAGUUAGUUACUGACUGGUAACUUACAUUUGGCACCUUGUUGCUUACAUAAACAGUUAAAUCAUCUUCUCCCAUCUUUAUGCCAUUGUCUCACCAUUCACCCUUUUACACACACUCAUACAUAAAGGCUAUGCAGAGUUCAUUCCCUUACGUCAAGCAGAAGGAUACAAAAUGGAGUUUUCAAGUUGCUUACAGGACAAGACUAACAUGGUUAUAUUUUACUAUUAUUACACUAUGUUAACAUCAGCUACAUUAGUUCAGUUCAUGCUACAAGGGGACAUUAAUUCAAUUAAUUGAUUUGAAUCACUGUCCCAAUUUGAUUCAGCCAAAUCCGAAUCUGAAGAUUCAAUGCUGAUUCAGAGAAUCAGCAGUUUUGCCAUAGACACAGCUUUAAAUGUUUUUUCUACAUACCUCGAGGUACUAGGCAUGGCUUGUGAAUGCUCAGAUGGUGGGUUGGAUGGAGCAUCUGGAGCGUUGGCGGGGGGGGAUGCUCGAGCAUCUCAAAGUUUAUGAGCUGCCUGUGCCUAUGUCCGAAUCAUCGAAUCUCUCUGGAUCAAUUCAUAGGGUUCUGAUUCUAUUCAGAGAGAUUAAAGGGUCUCCUGAUUCAGUUCAGAUUCAGAGAUUCAGCUGCCGAAUCGGGCUGAAUCUCCACUGAAUCGAAUCAGCGACUGAAGCUUCGCAAAGCCCUAGUUCUCACCAUUGGGAAUCAGUAUUCAAGGCGUACACAUUCUCUGCACAGAAGGUCUGGAAAAGCUUGCAAGGGAGUUUCCCCAGGUAUUCUCUAAGGAAUUAUGAACUUACUCAAGUCCACCUGCCAUGUUCCAAAUGGAUCCUGCGAUAGCCCCUAUCUGCAUGAAGGCUCAGAAUAUAACUUUUGCCCUUUUUGCCAGAAAUUGAGGCAACUGAUAGUGGAUGACAAGGCUUCUCAGGCCCAAACAAUAAUUACACAUUGGAGCGCAUUCCAUGUCAAGUUCCUCUAGUUUGGAAUUUCUGUGGCACCAGGAAUUUUCCAGUGUUUCAUGGAGAAAAUGCUAGCAGGAAUUCCUGGGGUUGCUCCAUACGUUGAUGUGUUGAUCAUGGGCCUGUCUCAAGAGAAACUCACUGCGAGACUCAGAAGUUUUACAGAGAGUCGAUAUAGCAGGUAUCAGAGAAAAAUGAGAGAAAUGUCAAUUGGGAGUUUCCAGUAUCAAUUUUCUGGGAUAUCAGUUUGAUGCUUCUGGCAUUUACCCAGUUGAAGAUGAGACAAAAGCAAUAUGUGAUGCCCCUAUACCAAAAUGCAGACAAGAUCUUCAGCCAUUCCUAGGACUUCUCAAUUUUUAUCACAUCUUGAAAGACAAAGCCACCAUAGCAGAGCCCUUUCAUCAUUUAUUGGAUAAAGGAGCUCAGUGGAAAUGAACUUACCAGCACAAAGAGGGUUUCCAGGGCAUCAAGAAGUUGCUGACAUCAGACUCUGUCCUUGUUCACUAUGACGAGCAGAAGCCACUGUCCAUUACUUGUGAUGCCUUGCCAUUUGGUGUUGGUGUUGUCCUCAGUCACACAUUGCCUGAUGGCACAGAUGCACCCGUUGCUUUUUACUUAAGAACAAUGACUUCAACCAAGAGGAACUAUGCACAGAUUGAUAAAGAAGCAUUGGCAAUCAUUGCAGAAGUAAAAAAAAAAAAUCACAAUUAUAUUUAUGACUGCAAAUUUGAAAUCUGAAUGGACCACAAACCCCUUCUUGAAAUUUUUACUAUGGACAAACCAACUCCUCGUAUUCUGUCUCCCCCUAUGCAAAGUUGGAGCAUCAUGCUAAAUGCAUUUGACUAUACACUCAUAUACAACCUGGAAAAAUGAUUGCAAAUGCUGAUGCACUGAGCCGCCUACCACUACAAAUACCUUAUUGUGCAACUCCUCCACCAGCAGAAGUCCUUAUGCUGGAACCCAUGUCAGAAGCCCUUCUGCAAGUUAAUCAGUUAGCAAGGAUGACUGCAAAAGACCCUAUCCUUGCCUGUGUCCUCAACUGGGUAUGGAGGGGAUGGGAUGGCCUGCAGACAAAUCGGCUGAGAAAUUCAGGCCAUUUUCAUCAUGGCAACGUGAGCUGCCUGCCCACAAGGGGUGUCUCUUGUGGGGAAAUCGUAUCAUAAUCUGAGAAGCAGGGCACCAAAACAUACUAACAACACUGCAUGCAGCACACCCAGGCAUUAUGAGGAUGAAAGCACUGGCUAGAAGUUAUGCGUUGUGGCCAGGUAUGGACAAUGCCAUAGAAAGUGUUGGAAGGGGACUGCAGUAUUUGUCAUGCAACCCGUCAUAAUUCACCAAAGGCACCAGUAUUUUUCUGGGAAAUGACAAAGGAACCCUGGCCAUGCAUCCACAUUGAUUUUGCUGGCCCUUUCCAAGGUAAGAACUUCUUAAUUGUGGUUGACUCGUAUUCAGACUGGCUUGAAGUGAUUAUUGUCAUAACCCUUACAUCAACUGCCACUAUAACAGCUCUCCGUCAGCUGUUCAUAACCCAUGGUGUGCCCGAAAAUAUUGUUUCUGAUAAUGGCAGCACAUUCACUUCAGCAGAGUUCCAAAACUUUACCAGCCUCAACCUCAUUUGAACUGUUACCAUUACACCUCACAGGCCCCAGGCCAAAGGGCAAGCUGAGUGAAUGGUGCAGACCACAAAAGAUGCAUUGAAAAGAAUUGUUACAGGAGACUGGCCUACCAGUCUGGCCAGAAUUCUAUUUGCUCAACAUGUAAUUCCUUGCCUACAACAGGGUCCAGCCCAUCAGAGCUUCUUAUGGCUCAUCAUCUCAAGACAUGCCUUGACUGUGUUAAUCCAGACCUUGUGAGAUGCAUGCAGUUCAGGAAAGAAAAAAAGCUGAACUCUUCAUUGGCAUCUGGUACCUUAUGUGUUUUUGUUUCCACAAGAGACUCUGUUUGCUCGGAACUAUGAGACAGACCCACAGUGGGUUCAAUCUCAAAUAGUAAGCAUCACAGGACCCAUAUCAUAUACAGUCCAGACUGAUGAUGGACGAGUUUGGAGACUUCAUGUGGACCAGCUGCGUGGACAUUCUCCUACUAAUAACUCUACACCUGAACAGUCUCCAGGCACCAGUCCACCACCAACAGAUAUGUAGUCACUGGGCAAGUGCCUACCUGUUUCCACCAGCUCAAACCCUUUUUUAUACCGUGAGAAGGAAGCAUUGCUGUUGAUUCUUGUGAUAGGCUGACAGGGCCAUCAUCUGCUGAACCCCUCACUGAGUCAGGCUCUACAGAAAGACCACAGCAGAAGUGGAGCCCUCCCAAAUGGUUGGCUGACUAUUCUGCGUAGGGGGAAGGAGUGUCCAGAGUGUUGUUGCUGAAAAAACAACAUAUCAAUCCUCAACUUAUGCUCAGCCACUGAAAAAAUAAAAAAACAGCUCACCAUAAACUCACUAGAAAUAGGUAGAAAGAGUGAAUUCUCCAGGAUUUUCACAUCUGCCUUGAUUCCUACUUUGUGACCUUGACCACAAGAUGUGUGACCUGAACAAAACCACAACACAGAACUCAACAGGGGUCCAUUUAGCCCCAUUAGGUUUGGUCCUAGGUUGCAUUUCGCUGAUCACUAUUGUCCUAAAUAUAUUGGUCCUAUAUGCAGUGAGAACAGAAAAGAAAUUACAGACAGUUGGCAACCUAUAUAUUGUUAGCCUCUCUGUUGCAGAUCUUAUAGUUGGUGCAGUUGUUAUGCCCCUGAAUAUCGUGUACCUACUGACUCCAACAUGGGUACUAGGUAGACCAAUCUGUCUGUUCUGGCUUUCGAUGGAUUAUGUAGCCAGCACUGCUUCCAUUUUCAGCCUCUUCAUAUUGUGCAUAGAUCGUUAUCGUUCCGUUCAGCAGCCGCUCAAGUAUCUCAAGUACCGGACCAAAACUAGAGCAACUGUAAUGAUUUCCGGAGCUUGGCUAGUUUCUUUUCUGUGGAUCAUACCAAUUCUGGGUUGGCAUGUUUUUGCCAAUGGUGGAGAAAGGAAGGUUUGUGAAGAUGUUUGUGAAACUGAGUUCCACAAAGUCACCUGGUUUAAGGUGUCAACAGCCAUUGUCAACUUCUAUGUGCCAUCUUUACUGAUGUUAUGGUUCUAUGUGAAAAUAUUCAGGGCUGUUCAGAAACACUGUCAGCAUCGAGAACUCAUCAAUGGAUCAUAUCGGUCUUUCUCAGAAAACAAAAUCACACAUAGUGAUAAGGUUCAAGAAGAGCAUAACAUUUGUCUCCAGAAGGAAAACUUGGGCUUAAACACAAAUGUUUUGAAAAAAAGCUUGGUAGAUCCCAGCUGCAAUGUCAAUAUCAACUUCCCUCCUUCUGAAAGUGUAGAGGCAAAGCUUCACCGAGGCAGCUCAGACAAAGCCUCAAAGGCCCUCCCUAGAAGAAAUGACAGAAAAGUCAUGAAACUUAGCUGCUUCCCCCUCACUAUUGCCCAGACUCAGCCAGGCAUAGAAAAAGUGAGCAGGAUGUAUACGUCAGUUGAUAAGCACAAACAGAAUGAAGAGGUGCCUUGCCCAGGGGAUCCUGAAUUAAGUGACACGUCUGAACACACUUUCGCAGAAGUGGCCUCAUGUAAAAAUGACUCUGAUCCUACUUUGGAGUCAAAUUCUGGUUCUGAAGAAAAGACUAAUAACAAAGAUUUUGUAGGUCUUGGUUACCUGAAAAACACCUGGAAGAGACUGCGCAUCCAUUCCAAGCAACACAUACAAGGACUACAUAUGAACAGAGAAAGAAAAGCAGCCAAGCAGUUGGGUUUUAUAAUGGCAGCUUUCAUGUUGUGCUGGAUUCCAUACUUUGUGGUAUUUAUGAUAAUAGCUGUUUGUAGGUGUGAGAAGUUUAAGUUACACAUGUUCACUAUCUGGCUUGGCUAUGUGAAUUCCACCUUUAACCCACUUAUCUAUCCUCUCUGCAAUGAGAACUUCAAGAAGAUUUUCAAAAAGAUCCUUCGUAUCUCUUCAUAAUUUAUCUUGUGGCUGAUUUUAUUUGGUGUGGAAAAACAAUGAAGUGUUCAUGACUCUUCAGUGACACAAAACCUUUCACUUUCAAGGGAAAAAUAAUCAUGCGUGAGGUAUAAAACUUUGGAAAAUUAUCUGUAAAACAAGUGUCUGUGAAAGUGGGCAAUGUGUAUGUUCAUAUGGCAAAUAGGAGCUUAAGAGUUCAAAGUAUUUAUAGGGGAUCUGGCUUUGACCAGGACCCCUGAUAACUCAGGGGCCAGUCUAAGGACUGCUAGGCUAUUGUGCAUUUUUUACAUCUUUUAAGACUACCUCUUUCCAUUAUGUAUACUAAAACUGGAGAGAAGAUAGAAAUCUUCAGUGAUAUAGAAGUAUCUGGAAAGUUUAUAGAAAGAAACAGACUGCAGUUUAUAUUAUUAGCCAAAUACUCAUUUUGACUUCUAUAAUAUACAUUUUUAAACCUGGGAACAUGCAUCUUGUUGAAGGCAUAGAUUGCUUACCACAUAAUUUUUUCAUGUAGUAUAAAUAUGGAGUUUGAAUUGUUGUUUUUUUCACAUGUAUCCUGUUUAUUUAUAAUUUCCCCAGUAUAAUGCACUUUUUAGAGAUACCAAGUUGUAUUGUGAUGUGCUAUAAAUCUUGGGUAUUGUGUUUAACAUU